AAAUUUGGAAGGCGCCGGAAGUAGACGUGGGGUGGAGGGCGCGGGUUGGGGAGCUCAGGGGGCAGCUGUAGCCGCCCGGGCGCCCGGCUGCGCCCGCGAGCCUCAGUGCUGCCCUGGCCCGGCUCGGCCCCAAGGCUUCGCACCAUGGACUUCCGGGACAUCCUGAUGGUGGCGUCGGAACAGCAGGGACUCAACAUCAUCCCGAAAAGAUACAGUUUGGCAGUAGGUCCUCCUAAAAGAGAUCCCAAAGUCAAAGGUGUACAGUCAGCAGCAGUGCAAGCUUUCCUCAAGCGCAAGGAAGAAGAACUAAGAAGAAAAGCUUUAGAGGAAAAGCGGAAAAAGGAGGAAUUAGUGAAAAAGCGCAUUGAGUUAAAACAUGACAAAAAAGCAAGAGCCAUGGCGAAGCGGACAAAGGACAACUUCUAUGGUUAUGAUGGGACUCCUGUUGAAGAGAAAUCAAAAAGGAAACAGGUAGUCGAGGGACCCACAGGCCACAGAGCAGACCAAGAAUACUUGAAUGAGGAAGAAGCAGAAUCGUUGGAAUAUUGUCAGAGUGAGUCAGAGCAUGAUGAGUCAGAGGAGUAUGAGCAGGAAGAACCCCCUCCUCUGAAGUCUGUAACCAAACCAAAGGCCCCUCUCAAAAGUGCUCCUCUGCCUAUGAACUUCACAGACUUAAUUAGGCUGGCUGAGAAAAAGCAGUAUGAACCUGUGGAAAUUAAGGUAGUAAAAAAAAUAGAGGAACGCCCCAGAACUGCAGAAGAACUGAGGGAAAAAGAAUUUUUAGAGCGAAAAAAUAAAAAUAUAGAUAGAGGAAAAGAGAAAAAGGUGCUUGAAAGAGAGAAAAGGCUAGCUCCCCCAACUAUGUCCAAAAAGGUUUCUUCCCCAAAAGAAAGUGUUAAUGCAAGACACAAAGGUCCUGGGGACAAACAUUCCUCUUCCAGGGGAGGCCACCUUCCCCAAGUAGGUGCUGAAAAAAAAUCUAGACCUAUUGCAGCCAGCGAAAAAUCUAUGAGACUGCCAUCCACUAAGUCCCAACCGGGAGAGAAGACCAAAGUAGGGCCUGGAGACCAGCACUCACCUAGUGAAAGCCACAAACUCUUGCUUAAUGGGGCACAGAAGUCCCGCCUUAGUUCCCAUUCUGUGGGCACAGGAAUCUCAAAGACUCCGGUUCGUGGGAAUCAAAAAUCCAGUGAGCACAGACCUUCCAAAUCCCCUUCUUCCCAUCCUAGCCAUUCCAAGUCUGGGGCUAUCUCCACUCCACAUGACAAGUCAAGAAAUUCAGGUGCCAAGCAGCCAGGGAACAGUUCCAGCUCAAAUUCAGCGCGGCCAGGCAUGGGGACUUCUAGGCCAGUCCUAAGCCCAAGCCCUAGGAGACACAGUGGCAGCUCCAGCUCAGGACCUGAACAGCAAAUCAAUGGAUCCAAACGCUUGAUCAGUGGGUCAGGUCCCACUGGACGACCUGCUAGUGGCUCAAGUGGCCGUGGGCAUCCUACAAGCAAUUUAAGCUCUGGACAGCUAGCCAGUAAUACAAGCUCAAGCUCUACAGGGCGGACAGUGACCCAACUUGGGCGACCUGUCAGUGGCUCAAGUGGCCCUGGGAGACCAAGCUCAGGUGGCCCUGGGAAGCCUGUGGGUGGCCCUGGGAGACCUGUGAGCAACUCGAGUGGUCCUGGGAAACCCGUGGGCAACUCGGGUGGUCCUGGGAGACCCGUGGGCAACUCGGGUGGUCCUGGCAGACCCGUGGGCAACUCGGGUGGCCCUGGCAGACCCGUGGGCAACUCGGGUGGCCCUGGGCGGACAGUCAGUGGCUCAGGUCCCCCUGUAAAGCCCAGGUGCACAGUUGUUUCGGAAACUAUUUCUUCCAAGAAUAUCAGCAGCCGGCCCAGCAAUGGGAUGAUGAAUGGAAUGAGGUCUCCUCCACCUGGCUACAGACCUGCUGUAUACCCACAAGGUACUCAGAGAUCCCCGUUUCCUCCUAUGGCCCGGAAACGGUAUCAUGAAGAGGAGGAGGAGGAGGAAUAUGACUCUGAAAUGGAGGAUUUCAUUGAUGAUGAAGGAGAACCUCAAGAAGAAAUAUCAAAACAUAUUCGGGAAAUCUUUGGCUAUGACCGUAACAAAUACAAAGAUGAAAGUGAUUAUGCCUUACGUUACAUGGAAAGCAGCUGGAGAGAGCAACAGAAAGAGGAAGCCAAGAGCUUGAGACUUGGUAUGCAGGAAGACCUAGAAGAAAUGAGACGUGAAGAGGAGGAACUCAAGCGCCGGAAAGCCAAGAAAAUGAAACUGCGUUAGCUGCAGGUUUUAACCAUCGGGAGAAAAGGCUUUAUUGAGAAAUUCUCUGCAGACUGGAAAAAACCCCUUUUUCCCUUUGGUUUUUAUUUGAGGACUAUAGAAGGAGAUAUGUAAAGGAAGCACUGGAAAACAAGGCUGUGGUUUGAACAGAAAGUAUUUAUUUUUAAUACUUGCCAGAGUUAAAUCUGUAAUGCAGAUGAAAUGUAAUAUUCAUUUGAAUGUUUAUAUAUGAAAUUAGCUGUUCAAAGAUGCCAGCAAUGAUACUGAUGAGCUAUGCACACUGAUGUGGGGGGUCCACUCACCAGUUGUUUGCUAGUCACCUGUUAUUUAUUUGACAGUUAAAAAUCAAGUGAGGAUUGUUUUGUUUCCAUAGUUACUACCCAGAUAUUUGGGUGGGACAUCCCUGAACCAAUUAAGAUCAUGUCAUAGGCUUCUCUUAAGAAUAGUAACCUGUAAUGUCAGUCUUUUCCACAAGUGUUGCCAGCAAUAAAGGAAUCUGCCCUGGCCUAUGUGUUUGAGAAUCCUGGGGGUCUUAAAAUAAUUUGACAAUAUAAAGUAGGGUUCAUAAUUUCAGAAUGGCUGCUAUUCCUAUGAUUUUGAAAUAAAAAUGUAAUAAAUUAUCUAGGACUCCACAUUGUCCAAGGAUUGGAUGCUGAGCAUUUUCAAUCAAAAAUGUGUGUUAUAUUGGGAAUUUUAUAAGCUCUGCCUCUUGAUAUAGAAUAUUCUUUACCCAGUUUUCUUUGCAGUUUUAUGUUUACCCUGGUUCUAAGCCCAAGGUAAAGUAGAAAAAGUCACUGUGUAGACUAAUUUUAUUUUUAAAAAUCCACUUUUAUAUUGAAGAAAGAGUAUUCCUAAAUAAAGGAGUUGCUUUAUUCCAA